AUGGCUUUAUGGGUAAAAGGAAGAAUUACACGUUAUUCUGGAGUAGGAUUCGAUCGAGCAGGUUCAGAAAAAAUAAUAUUAAAAGUUCUUAAGGACUCUCAAAAUAUUAAUUCGGCAUUUAUAAAGGAGUUAAAUAAUAUUGCCCUAACUCAACCUAACUCUAACCGUUAUAUUAUUCAAUCUUAUGGAGUAUCACAAGAUUCGAAAACAAAAAAUUAUAUAUUCGUUAUGCCAUAUAUUAAACAUGGAAGUUUGCGCGAGUAUUUAUUUAAGCAUUUUGAUGAUGUUAAAUGGAUGGACUGGGGAAUAAGUAGAGUGUCGAAA